CUCAGAAGCUGACCGUUGCCAUUUUGUAAGCUCGACAAACGCAAAGGAGCACCGAGCGAGAAGACAUUUCUUCAUAAAUCAGGCCAGAUUUCCGAGAAACCCAAUCGCAAGACCAUCAGUUGUCGUCCGAAAGGAAAGGGAAUCUUAUCGUAUGUCCGCUAUCCAGAACCUCCAAACUUUUGACCCCUUUGCUGAUGCAACUAAGGGUGAUGAUCGGCUCCCAGGUGGGACUGAGGACUACAUCCACAUAAGAAUUCAACAGAGGAACGGGCGAAAGACUCUGACCACGGUUCAGGGCAUAGCCGAUGACUAUGAUAAAAAGAAGCUAGUCAAGGCCUUCAAGAAGAAAUUUGCCUGCAAUGGGACUGUGAUUGAGCACCCCGAGUAUGGUGAAGUAAUCCAGCUGCAAGGUGAUCAGCGCAAGAACAUUUGCCAGUUUCUCACUGAUAUUGAACUGGCCAAAGAGGAGCAGCUUAAAGUCCACGGAUUCUAGAAGCCGCCCCUGAAGCUUAACCCAACCCCUUUGUGGUGCUGGUUAUCCCCCAGCAGCCCCUCUCCUUUAGGGGGAUAAAAGCUGAAAAUGAUUACCUCCGAUUUGAGACUUUUAGUAUGGCACCCUUAUCAAAACGACCAGUCUUGUUCAAACGUGGACAGACGGCAAGGCAAAUUAUGCAGGAUAAAUAAUUUCCUUUGUCCCUUUCUUUAGUCCUUUUAAGCUUAUUUUGUGCUGCACUAAGGCGCGAUUCCAUGUAACUCUUUUUCUCUUUGUUUUGUACGAGAUGUUUCCGUAAGACCUUCAAAUGCCAUGUUUUGCACAAUUUUUAAGUUUGAUGGGCGGGGUGCAGAUGGGGCAGUUUAGAGAGUGGUUUCUUGUAUCAUGCUAAAGUUCCACCGUGAAGAAGCUGCAUUUUAGUUGUGAUGUGGGCUGGCCUGCUUCAGGGUUACAUUGGUGUGCUGUUUGCGCGCACAAGUGUGGCAGCCCCGUCUUUGCUCUAAUAUGCAUCUCUAACUGCCUUUUUUACCCUGUUUUGUUCACAAUAUGCAUAAUUUUUCUAAACUUGUAAUACCAUGUUUUGUUUUUGGUCUGGAAUAAACAAUAUCCCAUA